AUGGUUUUCGGCACUCUAUACACUUUCCCUGGUGACCAUCCCCGCACCAUCGCGAUCAAGGCGGUCGCAAAAGCGAAUAAUCUCGAACUCAAAAUUUGCGAAGAACCUCGGACUGCUGAGCACCUCAAGGUUAGCAAGCUAGGCAAAGUUCCUGCUUUCAUUGGAGAAGACGGCUUCAAGCUCUUUGAGUGCAUUGCUAUUGCCAUAUACAUCACCUCUCAGAACGAAGAGACCACUCUGCUCGGAAAUUCUAAGAAAGAGUACGCUGACAUAGUCAAAUGGAUGUCCUUCUUUAACUCUGAGAUUAUUAUGCCCAUCGUCGAAGAGUAUCUUGCUCUUAUAGGCAUCAUCCCUUAUAACAAGGAGUCCGUUGAGAAAUAUGAGAUGAUGGCCCAGGCGGCCAUUAAUGUUGUUGAGGAGCACCUGCAAACCAACUCAUUUCUCGUUGGCGAAUCUGCUACCCUUGCUGACAUUUUCUGUGCUGGGAUUAUUGCCCUCGGCUUCCAGUUCUUCUACGGGAAGGCCUGGCGAGAAGCGAACCCCAACGUGUCUCGUUGGUACAAGACCAUUAUCCAUCAACCCAUCUAUGCAGCCGUCACUGACAAGUUUGAGUUUCUUGAGGAGCCUAAACUGACCAAUAUUGCCCCGGAGAAGACAGCGCCGCUCGAUCUCGGCCCAGGCGAUGCCGCUGUUUCUGCCCCCUCUGCUACUCUGGAUGGUCAUGUUCGAGAACCUAAAUCAUAG